ACCUGCGCCACGCCACGGGGACACAUAGCGGAGCGCCCCGCGCCGGCCCCCCUGGCUUUCAGCAACUUUAACAGAUGACCUUGCGGCUCAAUCCCUGGGAUAUGUGGCUGAGCUGAAGGAGAGGAUUCCGGUCUCGCUAGAGGAGAGAGGGAGCUGCUUGGCGAGGAAGACGGACAGAGCAGCAGAGGACGAGAUGGGCGUGGGGAAAAACUCCAAGUCUUUGGAUUCAGGUGGCGAGACGGGGAAGUAUCAAGAGGACAGCAAGUGCGGCGCAGACUUCUACCCUGUGCCUGUGGUGGUGAAUGGCGUUCCGUCCUCGACUGACCACGACACAGAGGACACAGAGCUUAUGGCCAUCUACAAAGAGAACGAAGCAGUUGAAAAGAUUUCCCUGUCGGAGACAGAGAAUAGCGCUAACAGCAUGGAUGGCCGGCGGAUGGACAUGAUCUACACCAUCGAAGAUACACCCCCCUGGUACCUCUGUGUUUUCUUGGGCUUGCAGCACUACCUGACCUGCUUCAGUGGGACCAUCGCCGUGCCCUUCCUGCUGGCCGAGGCCAUGUGCGUUGGCUUUGACCAGUGGGCCACCAGUCAGCUUAUCGGCACAAUCUUCUUCUGCGUGGGAAUCACCACCCUGCUGCAGACAACGCUGGGCUGCCGCCUUCCUUUGUUUCAAGCCAGUGCGUUUGCCUUUCUUGCUCCUGCUCGUGCAAUCCUGUCCCUGGACAAGUGGAAGUGCAACACUACAGAUGUUCCUGUGGUGAACGACACGCACCUUCUUCAUACUGGACACAUAUGGCACCCGAGGAUACGAGAGAUCCAAGGGGCCAUUAUUGUGUCGUCCAUGAUCGAGGUGUGCAUCGGCGCCCUGGGCCUUCCUGGCUUCCUGCUCAAGUACAUUGGGCCUCUGACCAUCACCCCAACCGUGGCCCUCAUCGGCCUCUCUGGGUUCCAGGCAGCAGGGGAAAGAGCGGGCAAGCACUGGGGCAUUGCCAUGCUGACUAUCUUCCUGGUGCUGCUCUUCUCCCAGUAUGCUCGCAAUGUCCAGCUGCCUUUGCCCAUCUAUAAGUCCAAGAAAGGUUGGACGUCCUACCGCCUGCAGCUCUUCAAGAUGUUCCCAAUCAUCAUGGCCAUUCUGGUAUCUUGGCUGCUCUGUUUCAUUUUCACUGUCACUGAUGUCUUCCCGCCGAAGAAAGACCAGUAUGGUUUCUACGCCCGCACUGAUGCCCGUCAGGGUAUUCUUAUGGCUGCACCAUGGUUCAGCAUCCCCUACCCAUUCCAGUGGGGUGUGCCCACUGUCACAGCAGCUGGUGUGAUUGGCAUGAUGAGCGCGGUCGUGGCAAGCAUCAUAGAGUCCAUUGGUGAUUACUACGCCUGCGCACGUCUCUCCGGUGCCCCCCCACCCCCCAUCCACGCUAUCAACAGGGGGAUCUUCAUUGAGGGGUUGUCAUGCGUGUUGGAUGGCGUGUUUGGGACAGGGAACGGCUCCACCUCCUCCAGCCCCAACAUUGGGGUGCUCGGCAUCACCAAGGUGGGCAGCAGGCGCGUGAUCCAGUAUGGUGCUGCCUUCAUGUUGCUGCUCGGCCUGGUGGGCAAGUUCAGUGCCCUGUUUGCCUCGCUGCCAGACCCUGUGUUGGGCGCGCUCUUCUGCACCCUCUUCGGCAUGAUCACCGCCGUGGGCCUCUCGAACCUGCAGUUUGUAGACCUCAACUCUUCCCGUAACCUCUUUGUCCUGGGCUUUUCCAUUUUCUUCGGCCUAAUGUUGCCCAGCUACCUCAGACAGAACCCGCUGGUUACAGGUAUUGUGGAGAUUGACCAAGUCCUCAAUGUGCUGCUGACCACAGCCAUGUUUGUUGGGGGCUGUGUGGCCUUUGUGCUGGACAACACCAUCCCAGGCUCUCUGGAGGAAAGGGGCAUCAGGAAGCUGAAGCGGGGCUCAGGGACCAGCACGUCCGAACUGGAGGGCAUGCGCUCCUAUGACCUCCCGUUCGGCAUGGACUUUCUGCGGCAGCACCACAUUUUCCAGUACCUCCCCAUCAGCCCCACCUUUGCAGGGUACAAUUGGGGCAAAAUGCGGGUCCACUGCCACAGACCCAGGGGCAAAGCAGAAGGGGGGCCCACAGAAGGGGAAGCUGAUGUAUAGCAGAAGCAGAGCGGGGCCUGGGAUUGCAGGAGGGGGUUGGCUGGGUAUUGUCACAUUCCACCUUUUCUAUCUGUGUUUGAUUUGUAUCUGUCCACUAUGGUUGUCUUUGGUGCAGUGGUCAGUGGUCAUUGUGCUCCUACUCCAAAGUAACGGAGAGAUGCUUCACUUGUAUUUCUCCACCAGCAGUCCACCCCACAAAUGACUCUCUUCAAUGUUAAGUAGACUUUAUAAUAGGUCUGUGUUUCAUUGUCAGUACCUGUGCUAAAGGUCCCAGCCCCCGUGUAUUUCCAUUUGCUAUACAGCCAUUUUUUUUUGGCUGCUAACUGAUGCGGAUAUUUUUGUUUUUUUUUUUUUUUUUUUUUUUUUUACAACAGUUGAUUUCUUUGUAUGAUCUUGCACUCUGAAAGCAGAUCAGUGUAAAAUCAGAUCUUUGAAUAGAUCUUUAUAUUCAGCUGUAGAGCUAAAAUACUAGCGUGAAGUAAUGAACACUGUUGGAAAGGUCGUAGAUUUUCAUGGCUUCCGAAGAAAUGUGAUGGAAACCAGUAGAAAAGGGGAAGGGUCCCUGCAGUACCCCUGCAGAAGAGUGGUCUUCUGGAAUUGGUGUGUUUGAGAUGAAGAAGCAGUGUCAGAUAAUGAACCCCUACCCACACAUGCACACAGACCAUGAGAGAAGCUAGAGAGGCUCAGUCCUAAAAUACUUCAUUUGCCAACACAUACCUUCUCACACAUACACGCUAAAGGAAGGCUUAUGCAAGUGUCUUCUGUUCUUUACACAAUAAUGCUAAAAUCUUGUGAUAUUUGUUUUCGCAUGCAAUACUUUCUCAGCUUUGCAACUUAUCAAAUGUAUUUAUGCGUAGUUUUUUUUUUUCUUUUUUUCUUUUUUUAGUAUCUUAUAAGCACUGGCUGAAGACAGGGAGGGUCUUCUCAAAUAUUUGUCUGCAGUAGUUGUUUUUAACUUAACAUCCAGGUUACUGUUUGCUGUUCAACCCUUCAUUUUAUUCUGUGUUUUAACCGCAUAAGCGCUGAACCAUGGCUGUUGCUUCUCUUCCUUCAUAUUUUUGCCUUUUGUUACAAAAUAUAUUUGGUCUGCAAUUUGCAGGUGCUGCUGGAUUCAGUUUGCAAUUUAGACUUUAGAUUUUUUUUUUCUCCUAAUCUUGUUUUGAUGUCUAUUCAGUGUUAGCAAGUUGAGAUUUUAAAGUUUUAAGAUUGACUGCUAGACGGUGACUGCAUUAUGCAGAUGUUAGAAUCAAGCAAACGAGCAUACAGUGCAUGAGAAAGGAGAAUGACUGACAACUACAAGUACAUGAAGGCAGCUCAACUGAGAUGGUAAAUAUUUGUCACCGUGGUCCUUCAUGUCAGAUCUGUCUGUUAGCUGAGGUGUUCACGCCUCCAAGACAUUAGUGUGUACAUGUUUUCAGGUUGGAGGGUUUCUGCUUCAACAAGUGCCAGGGUUGUGUUUUGAAGUGCUUCUCGGAUACGAAAGUUGUACUUUGUACUGUACCUUUGACAAGUGUUACAGUUGCUGUUGUUGAAAUUGCUGUUUGGCAUUAGUCUCUAUAUUGAGAUGGACUUGAAUCCUAGAAUCUUUCGUAUUUUGCAUUAGUUCAAGAAAGAUGCAAAAUUACUGUAGUCCAAAAGUACUGUCGUUAGGAUUACUGCUAAGACAAAAGUAGUGCCGUUUCAAACUUCUUUCAGUGUGGCCCAGUGUUCGUUUCGCAUUACUGUGGUUGUCGAGCCCGUGUGUCCCGACUGUCUGCAUCUGUGCUACAUUUUAGGUAAGUGUCGCUUCAUUGGUAGCCCUUAAAUCACUCCUUGUGAGUCCACAGUGUUAGUGUUUCUUACUUUGCACUUGCAGAACAUCUGCAUUUUUCAUUGAGUACCGCUGUCUUUUUAGCACCAGUUCGAGAACUUAUUUCCACCAGAACUAAAAACUAUUUUCAAUGUAUCACGUUAGGCCAAAAUUGGCUGGAUGGGUGAAAAUGGAUCCCGCUGAUGGAAGAGACACUGCUUUAGGUUUUUUUUUUUUUUAAUAGUUUGUGUUGUGUGCGCCUAGUAUAAGGUUUCUUUGUGUGCCUGAAUGUACACAUUUCAGAAGUACUUCCUGAGUUUAGUUUACUCUUGUUCUUUCUGCAUAAAGUAGUUGAGGAGCCUUAGUGUGUUUUCUGCUUGCUUUAGUCUUCUGAGUACCAUUUCUACAUAAGUAAACUCACACGUUUGUUUACAAGGGAAGAGACAAUGUGCUUCAUCAUUAUUAUUUUUAAAGUCUAGCAGUCCCAAAGCAAAUGGAAAGCGCACAGUUCUGGAGAGAAUACUCGGUUGACAUAAUUAUUUUGAAAAAUGCCUUUAAUACGCACAAACAGUCCAUAUAUAUGGUCCGAAAGGUAAAACCUUUUUUUUUUUUUUUUUUUUUUUUUGGACAUUACCCAUCAAUUCCAGCAGCCCUACAUCAGGAGUUAAACUCUUGAGUGUGUGGAAGGGGUUGUUCAGCCACUUUCUUCAACUUCCACUCCCCCCCCCCUCACUGUGUCUUGGAUUGUACCUUUCUCUGUGGAUCUUGGCAUGUCGUGACCAAGCCUGACAUGUCACCAGUCGCAGACGCAGGCAGUUGUGGUGGCAGAAUGGCACUUCAUUCCAAAGAAAGCACCAGAAAGGAAAGUUGUCCGUUGCCUCCAGACCAAAAGCUGACUUUUACAGCAAGGUCACUGACGGUGCUGCGAUUCUGUACGUCACACCACACACAAUUUGGCCAUGCUAGGUGGAGAUAUUUGGCAAUAAAUGGCAGUUUGUUGCAUUUUCUGUGUCACGGGACAGUACAGGGUGUCAGAUCCUUGACGGGACACCUGGGUACUUGAUGAAUAGAAAACCCUUUCAAUUAUUUUGAAGGGGAAGGUUACCUUAAGAAAAUGCUUUUAUUUCAUGUCACAAUUGUCUUUUCAGUGUUUCCCCCCUCCCAUUUUUAUAUAAACUAUAUGUAUAAUUUGUAUGUUUUUACAGACAAAUGUUUGUAAGAAAAACAUUCAAUCUUAUGGCAUCAUGCUGCAAAGCGCACCACCAUUUUGUUAAUUUUUAUUUAAGAAAAUACUUUUUUUAUUUGUAGUUCAGUGGAAUACCUUUUGUUAGCUAGAAUUUUUCAUACGGUAUUUUUCUAACAUUGCUUCCUGUUUCAUGUUAAUAUAAAUUGAAAACAAAGAGGAUACUUUAAGAAAUAUAUCUAUAUAUAUUGAAUUCAGUAGAG